AUAUCAACUAAACAGGAUGGCAGCAGCACCCGAGUGGCUAACCCACCACUAUAUUGAGCAUGCCCUACGCUCCCACUACAAGGAUGAUGGACUAACCAUAACUGAGCUGCAAAUAAAUCCCGCCCUGGGACCUGGAGAGAAUUAUGGAGGAGUUCUGACCCGAGCUCGGGUGCAUUUCACACUUUCCAAUCAGGAGAAGCAAAUGCAGAACUUGAUUGUAAAGACGGAGAUUGAUGACGAUGAGUUGACCCAGGAGCUGAUGGCGCCUUAUGAUAUUUACAACAGGGAAAUGACUAUCUACCAGGAGGUGCUGCCCAAACUAAGGGAGCUGCUCAACGACAUCGGAGAUACGGAAAAGAUUUUUCCCACCGCUAUUUUUGUGGAUCGCGAACGCAUGGCCAUUAUCUUCGAAGAUCUUUCCGUUGCUGGUUAUGUAAUGGCUGAUCGAGUGCGUCGCCUCAACGAGGAGCACACCCAUCUCAUCCUGAGGAAGUUGGCCAAACUUCAUGCCGCUUCAGCAGUUUUAAAUGAGAGACAAAAGGGCAGCCUUGAGGGCUACGAUCGGGGUUUCUUCAAUCGGUAUACCAAUGCCUAUAGUGGCUACUUUGUGGGCGGCCUUUUGGCAGCGGCCCGCUGGAUGAGCAAGGUACCCAAGUUAGCUCAUUAUAGUGAGAAAUUAUUCGCCUUGGCUCCUCACUACAUGGACAUUGGCAAGGAAUGCUUUGAACCCACCCCGGGUCAAGUAAAUGUCCUCGCCCAUGGAGAUGUGUGGACCAACAAUGUGAUGUUCAAGUACGAUCCAAACACGGGAAGACCUCUCGACGUGCUGCUCAUUGACUUCCAGUAUUCUUUUUGGGGUUCUCCCUGCAUCGAUCUCCAUCAUCUGUUCAAUACGUCCCUGAAGGAGCCACUGCGUCGUGAUCAACAGAGUGGGCUCUUCCAGUUCUACCAUAACAUUUUCAGUGAAACAUUAAGAAAGCUUGACUAUCGUCAGAAUCCCAUUCCCAGCCUACAUCAAUUCAAGUUGCAGGUGGAACAGAAGCGAUUUUUCGCUAUGCAUUCGACAGUAGUGGUACAGCCUGUGAUGAUCAGCCAGGAUCCCACGGAUGCCUGUUUUAAUGCCUUGAUGAACGAUGACGAGCGUGGCAUUCGGUUCAAGAACCGAUUAUAUAACAACCCCACUGUUCAGCAAAAUCUCCACUCAAUGGUACCAUUCUUCGAUAGAAAGGGACUGCUGGAAGUGAAUCAGACCUGUUGAGGAAUUAAGAUAAAUGUUUUUUAAUAAGCUUCCACGUUAUAUAAGUUUGAUUUUAGAUUAAUUAUUUAAGAAAAUCUUCUAUUCAAAUAUAGAAAAAUAAAUAAAUUUUUUUUAAUUUAA